CAAAAAAAAAGUGAGCAGAAAGGUAGCCGGAGUUGAUAUUGGAAGAGGUUAAUGGGAGUGGGGGAAGCAAAAAAUUUUUCCGGUUGUUUUCCGAGGGUGUCGGUGGUGGCGCAACCAUGUCGCCAGCUCAGAUCAGCAACCUAAGAUACAACUAACACUACAGACAAGCUUUCGUUUUAAAAAAUCCUAAGAAUCAAGAACCAGAACAGACAAAACGACACGCCAUUCGUCAUCAAGCUAAGCAAUCAAGAAUUCUCACUUUUACAGAGAUAUAUUUGCGUGUUUGUGUGUGUGUAAUUCUGAAUUGAAAAGCGAGAUGAAGGGGGAGAUCGCCGGGGAGGUUUCGAGAUUCUCGACGGCGAUCAAGAUCGCCGCUUUCCUGUUCGUAGCCGUCGUUUUCUUCUACGCCGGAACUCUUUGGUCUAAUGGCCAGCCACCGCAGCUACUCUUCUUCGGUUCCCACCAAAACUCUUCUUCUCCCGGCGCCGGCGCCGUCGUCCUCUCCCCUAACUCCGUCAAUUCAUCUGACACGGCCACCGCCGACGACCAGCAGGAAGAAAAAGUUUCGGCUGCAAUUCCGCCGGCGACAGUCAAUUUGCCGCCUCCACCGUCCCCGCCAACGCCGCCGCCGCCGCCGCCGCAGGCGGUGCUGAUGACCGGCGUGGUGAACGAUGACGGGGUUAUGACGGAUGACUUUAAGGUGGGGAAGAUUGAAGGGGAUUGGUUGGAUAAUUGGGAGGAAGAAGAUGAAAUUAAAGGUGAAAAGAUUGUGGUUAAGAAGUUUGAGGUGUGCCCUGACAAUAUGAGUGAAUACAUACCUUGCUUAGACAACUUGGAGGCUGUAAAAACCCUAAAUUCCACAGAGAAAGGGGAAGAAUUCGAGCGCCAUUGCCCGGGCAAGGGCUUGAACUGCUUGGUACCUGCACCCGCAGACUACAAGCCUCGGAUACCAUGGCCACAGAGUCGGGAUGAGGUUUGGUUCAGCAAUGUCCCCCAUGAACGCCUUGUUGAGGAUAAAGGAGGCCAGAAUUGGAUAACAAGAGACAAUGACAAGUUCAGGUUUCCAGGAGGUGGCACAGAGUUCAUCCAUGGGGCAAAUGAGUACUUGGAUCAGAUUCAAAAGAUGGUGCCCGAAAUUGCAUUUGGUAAUCGGACCCGAGUUGCGUUGGAUGUUGGUUGUGGUGUGGCAAGCUUUGGUGCCUAUUUACUGUCGCGAAAUGUGCUCCCCCUCUCAAUUUCCCCGAAAGAUCAGCACGAAAACCAGAUCCAAUUUGCACUCGAGCGUGGCGUUCCUGCAAUGGUGGCUACUUUUGCAACGAGGCGCUUGUUGUAUCCUAGUCAGGCCUUCGACUUAAUCCAUUGUUCAAGGUGCCAGAUAAACUGGACUCGCGAUGAUGGCAUACUGCUUCUGGAGGCCAACCGGAUGCUUCGUGCAGGAGGGUAUUUUGUUUGGUCUGCACAGCCUGUUUAUAAGCACGAAACAGCCCUGGGAGUGCACUGGGAAGAGAUGGUGAAUCUCACCACGAGUAUUUGCUGGAGACUUGUGAAGAAAGAGGGCACCAUUGCAAUAUGGCAGAAGCCUUUAAACAACAGCUGCUAUUUAAGUCGCGGGGAAGGAAGCCAGCCGCCAUUGUGUGAUUCAAACGACGAUCCUGACAAAAUCUGGUAUGUUGAUCUGAAGGCUUGUAUCACACAGCUGCCCGAGGAAGGCUAUGCUGCGAAUGUCUCCACGGGGCCAGAACGCCUCCAUUAUCCGUCAGACAGGCUGAAAACCAUACAGCUUGAUGCUCACAUCUCGAGAGAGGAGCUAGUUAGGGCAGAGUCGAGAUACUGGAGGGAUAUAGUUAAGAGCUACAUUCAGAGACUGGGUUGGGACAAAUUCCAACUUCGAAACGUGCUGGACAUGAGAGCCGGUUUUGGAGGGUUUGCUGAAGCACUGAUUAACAAUAAGCUGGACUGUUGGGUUCUGAAUGUUGUUCCCGUGAGUGGACCGAACACGUUGCCUGUUAUAUAUGAUCGCGGUCUCAUUGGAGUUAUGCACGACUGGUGUGAACCAUUUGACACCUAUCCAAGAACAUAUGACUUGCUGCAUGCUAAUGGCCUCUUCUCCAUUGAAAGGAAAAGAUGCAAUGUAUCAACCAUCAUGCUUGAAAUGGAUCGCGUUUUGAGGCCUGGUGGGAAGGUAUAUGUUCGCGAUGUUCUUCGUGUUAUGGAUGAGCUUGAAGAGGUUGGGAAAGCUGUGGGUUGGGAAGUAUCAGUGGAAGAAACCUCUGAAGGUCUUCAUGCAAGUUAUAGGGUCUUGACAGCUGAGAAGAAACUGAAGUAUGUCGUUUAUGGCAUACUGCUUCUGGAGGCCAACCGGAUGCUUCGUGCAGGAGGGUAUUUUGUUUGGUCUGCACAGCCUGUUUAUAAGCACGAAACAGCCCUGGGAGUGCACUGGGAAGAGAUGGUGAAUCUCACCACGAGUAUUUGCUGGAGACUUGUGAAGAAAGAGGGCACCAUUGCAAUAUGGCAGAAGCCUUUAAACAACAGCUGCUAUUUAAGUCGCGGGGAAGGAAGCCAGCCGCCAUUGUGUGAUUCAAACGACGAUCCUGACAAAAUCUGGUAUGUUGAUCUGAAGGCUUGUAUCACACAGCUGCCCGAGGAAGGCUAUGCUGCGAAUGUCUCCACGGGGCCAGAACGCCUCCAUUAUCCGUCAGACAGGCUGAAAACCAUACAGCUUGAUGCUCACAUCUCGAGAGAGGAGCUAGUUAGGGCAGAGUCGAGAUACUGGAGGGAUAUAGUUAAGAGCUACAUUCAGAGACUGGGUUGGGACAAAUUCCAACUUCGAAACGUGCUGGACAUGAGAGCCGGUUUUGGAGGGUUUGCUGAAGCACUGAUUAACAAUAAGCUGGACUGUUGGGUUCUGAAUGUUGUUCCCGUGAGUGGACCGAACACGUUGCCUGUUAUAUAUGAUCGCGGUCUCAUUGGAGUUAUGCACGACUGGUGUGAACCAUUUGACACCUAUCCAAGAACAUAUGACUUGCUGCAUGCUAAUGGCCUCUUCUCCAUUGAAAGGAAAAGAUGCAAUGUAUCAACCAUCAUGCUUGAAAUGGAUCGCGUUUUGAGGCCUGGUGGGAAGGUAUAUGUUCGCGAUGUUCUUCGUGUUAUGGAUGAGCUUGAAGAGGUUGGGAAAGCUGUGGGUUGGGAAGUAUCAGUGGAAGAAACCUCUGAAGGUCUUCAUGCAAGUUAUAGGGUCUUGACAGCUGAGAAGAAACUGAAGUAGUAAUGAAAUAGUAAACUAUGAAACCAA